CGAACGAAUUACUCAAGUUCAGGCGCUCCUUUGACUUUUAUUCAGCAAACGAACAUGCCGUCGUACACGGCUAUUGAGCCGAUUUCGAACCUAUCCCCGUCAGACAAUAAUAUUUCUCAUCGCUCAGAGGCCACCAGCCAAAGUGCGGAAGAUGGAUUAGACUCGAUCCCACUCGCAGACUCGACCACACGACGGGGCCAAAUUCGCAAUGAUUCAGCCUACACUUUGCUCAAGCCUCACUCUGACACCGAUACCGCACCUUCCGCCAUCCCCCCAACAUUACAGAAACCGUUCUGUCUACAUCACAGCACCUGGUUAUACGAGAUCCUCUCCCUGGUGUUGGCCGCUUUUACCUUGGUAGGUUUCAUGAUAGUCCUGGCCGUUUAUGACAGGAAGCCAAGUCCAGUUGUUGGAGGCAUAACGCUGAACACUGUGGCGUCGUUCGCUGCCACUCUUUUCAGCAUGUGUUUGAUGGUCCCGGUUCAUAACUGUCUCAGCCAGCUAGGUUGGACGUGGCUUGGGAAGGACUACAAGUCUCUAAACGAUCUCGUGGAGAUAGAUUGGGCAAGUAGAGGACCUUGGGGCAGUUUGCAGUUACUACCAAGAUUCCUGCGUAGCCCUCUCAUUUCAGUUGCUGCUACGAUAACAAUAAUGUCAGUCGGGAUUGGCCCUUUUUUCCAGCAAAGUGUUGUCUUCCACAAUACACAAGUCGUAAACGAUGAACUCACCGCAUACGCAUCGGCAGCUUUGACCUAUGACGGAGAUGUUGGAGAGGUUGGGUCAGAAUACAUGGUUGGAUCCUCGUUCCUCAGGAUGCAAGCGGAUAACGUGCCUUUCAAUUUGAAGGCUUCAAUCUACACAGGAAUCUACUCCUCUGCCAUAAUUGCUCCUCCUUUUCCGCCAUACUCUUGUCCAAGCGGGAACUGUACAUGGGAUCCAUUUCCCACUCUUGGUGUGUCUGUUCAGUGCCUCGAGGACAGCUCAAGAUAUCAUAUAAACUGCUCGGACACAACCCUAUUUUCAUGGGACAACUCCACUUACAAGCCUUGCUUUAUGGAAGCCAUAGAUCCAGAGUUCCGCACUGCAAACCGUACUGCUCCUCAAUACGACGUACUCACCUUGGAUAGGUUCUUCGACCACGUAAGUCCCUUUGAACCCUUCAAAUAUCCCGACGCCAGAUACAACGCAUCCUACUCGUUUUCAGAAACCCCAAAACUAGGGACGUCGUCGGUAGCCUCGGGCUUUACGGAAAUUGGAUGGCAAAUUGCGAGAAACUUGACGGUCCCUCCAUCGAGUAUGUAUUCAUCGGCCAUCGCUUCCUCCAGCACCAUCGAAGCCCACCGAUGCAUUUUCUACCUCUCGAUGCAUGAAAUCCUUGCUCGAGUCCAAAACGGUGUCUACAGUGAGCAGACGCUCAGCGAAACAACAAAGCUCCAAUCGCUCAAGAACCUAGAAGGCGCCGCCCCUGCGCCCUGGACCAACGAAACACGACUAAUAACCGACCCUGACACAAUGACGUUUACAUAUACGCCGACAUGUCUGUCCAGCAACCAAUGUAUCCAUGGCGACACGGCUCCUAGAAAUAUCACCAUAAAAGAAUACAUAUACCAGAGUAUACUUGCUGCCACUGCUGCCUCGGAGGUCUUUGAGCUUCAAGGUAUCUCGACGUUUGGUCAAAACGGGUUGCAAGGGCCUGAGAGCCUCCAACUCCUGUAUCGAUCCCCGAAUAUCACCAAAACCAUGUACACGGUUGCUCAGUACAUCAACCUCGCACUCCGCUCGAAUGACACGACCCUGCACAAGCAAGACGACCCGGGCAACUCGACAAAAACACCAGCCGACUAUGUAGCGCCCAGCCAUCGCAUCUCUGGUUUAGUCUUUGUCCAGGCAGUGCAGCUACGGGUGAGGUGGCCAUGGCUUGCCUUUCCCAUUGCGCUUAUUGUGGCUGUUAUCGCCCUUCUUGUCGGAACCAUUGUAGCAAGCCGGCAUGACAAAGUGGGUGUUUGGAAGAACAACCCACUGGCCGUACUGCUGAACACGGCUUGGAGGCCUGAUACGGACGACAUGGGCGCGGCGACUAGUGACGGGCUAGAAAAGCUGGCAAAGGGGUUGGAGGCGAGAGUCGUUUUGAAUCGUGAACACGCUUUGGCGGAUACGAGGAGGGUUAUAGAGGUUCGGGAGAAGAGAGUGGCGGCUAGAGAAGCGAGUCCGUGAUGUUUGAUUUGGGGGGUGGCGGGGGGUUGGACCUAUGUAGUCGGCGG